UUUCCAAAUUUCCACAUAUUGGAAAUUAAGCUUUUUUUUUUUCUUUUUUUUUUUUUUUUUCCUCCCCACUGUGCACAGUGAAGCAUGGGCAGUUUACAUGCAGAGGGUCUAUGCAGAAUGAUUUUAACACAGUGUGUCCUGUACCUUGAACCACUUCCUGGCAGCUUUUCCCCAGCCUGAACAAUUUGCUCCCUUGGAGCCAACUGCCCAGAGAGCUUCAGACCUUUCAAAACUCCAUUCUAUUUUUGGCAGGUUUGUUUUCUGUAGAUCACUAACUCUGCCUCAGGCCAUGGAGAGCCUCCUUGGAGGAGCCUGUUUGCAGGAAGGUAUGUCCAAAAAGGUGUCCAAAGCUGUGCACAUCAGCCUGAGGUUCCUUUGCUAUUGCUUCUUGCUAUACAUUGGCUGUAAGGACGGCAAGUGUCUCACUGGGCAAUAAGACCUCAGCAUGUUGCAUGGUAGAAAAUAAUUCUGGAGGCAAAGAGGAAAAUUGUCUGCUGCAGGGGAAGGGGCUUGCUGCAGCUGCUUGCCACAGCUCUUCUCUAGGGACAUCCUUACCAUCUUCUUAACAGUAAGCCACCCCAGUCUGAGCAGCAAGCUCAACAGUGUGCUUUAAUUUAGCACAUUAACUCAGUUUUCCCUUGCAAAGAGAAAGGUAAGUCACUAAAAUAGCCUGGAUUUUUUCAAGCAACUCUGUGGUUGGACUUUGAGGUCCCUAAGGUCAAAGUACGCCUCUGUGGGGAGCAGUGCUUAGAGCUCCUGUUUCUAAUCAACGUUUAUUUUAUUGUUUUCCCCUUUCUCCUGUGACGUUACUCCUCCCACAGCUCAGCUCCAGGCAGUGGGAGGACGGUUGUAACGCCAGGCACACGCUCUCCAGCACUAGCUCUUCUGCUUCUCCUGCAGGUACUCAGCCUAUUUUUGCAAACUGGUUUCCUUGUGGUAUUUGCAGAGAGGCCAACAGGCUUACUGGUCACGCAGGAGGGGAAGGUUGUCUUGGGGAGGUUUGCUGCAGGCUGGGCCCUGCAGCUAGGGAGCACCCAGGAGAACUUCCUGGGUGGGAAGGACUUUGUGGAGGUUCUGAGCCCAGGCUGGUCGGAGGUGAGGUUGUCAAACACCAAACGCUGUCUGUGACAAGGAGGAGUGCUGCAGGACGAUGGGGUCCUGCUCCAAGUGAGCUCCUCUGACUGUGAGGACCAGAUGUCCCGGUGAAGCUGUGCCUGGUUUUAUGCUGACCUUGCUCUUGUGUCAGUGGGGCUUUGAAAUCUCUCCUUUCCAGCUGUUUCCUAUGCACUCUGCUGCAGAAGGGCAAUGCCAGAUGAUAUGAACCCAAUAUACGAGAAAAUGCCGAGACCCACUGUAAAUCCAGACUGCCAAGUCCUGCCCCCCCCCCCCCCCCCCCCAUGUUGCAUUUCCAUGAACCUUUGGCAUCAGCCUCACACUCUGCUUGCUGCUAACGUUGAGGAGUUUGAAGGCAAAGAACAAAGCAAGUUGUUGGAACAAACAAAGAACAAAGCAAAGGGGUUGGAGUUGUGGGCUGUUUUCUCGAUUUGUGUCACUUGGUGCUGACUUAGUGUUGAGAGGGUUUAUUUUCCACCCAUUUCUUUCCCUGAGAGGCAGCAGGAGUGUUGGACUUCCUUUGUGCAGCGGUGUCAGUGGAGAAUCUGGUGAGUGUCUCAGAAGGAAGAAUUGUCACUUGUAUCAGGAUUUGGAGAGAGAAGUAAAUGUAGGCAAGUAGAGGGUUGUUAGAGAUCUGAAGGAAACUUGACUCCAUUUGCUAUCACAACUCUCCUAGUUUCCAUGGCAUGCCUUUCUGAAAGUAAAAUCAACCAAAACUGAAAUGAAAUGAAAACUUCUCCUCCCCAAAACUGAAUCAAGGCAUAGAACAGGGGCAACCCUGUCUAUAUGUACAGUCUGGGGGAGGAGAGGCUGGAGAGCCUGGUGAAGGGUCUGGAGGGGAAGACGUGUGAGGAGUGGCUGAGGGCCCUCUGUUUGUUCAGCCCAGAGCAGAGCAGGCCGAGGGGAGGCCUCAUGGUGGCCUGCAGCUCCCUCAUGAGGGGAGCGGAUGGGCAGGCGCUGAGCUCUGCUCUCUGGGGACAGCGACAGGACCCUAGGGAAUGGCAUGGAGCUGGGACAGGGGAGGGUCAGGCUGGAUGUUAGAGAAAGGUUCUUCACCCAGGCAGUGGUCGGGCACUGGGACAGGCUCCCCAGGGGUGUGGUCAUGGCACUGAGGCUGCUGGAGUUCAAGAAAUGUUUGGUCAACACUCUCAGACACAGGGUCUGAUUUUUGGGUGGCCCUGUAUGGAGCCAGGAGUUGGACUUGGAGAUCCUUGUGGAUCCCUUCCAACACAGGAUAUUCUAUGAAUAUAUGAAUUUAUUGCUUCUGUACUUGUGCCACCUGCAGGCCAAAAGAAAACCCAUUUGAUCUCCAUUGACAGUUCAGUUGACAGCUUCCUGGAUCAUUUCCCUGAGCAGCUGGAUGCUUCUCACCUUCCUCUUGUGUGGCUUUGCACUCUGUUCCCAGCCCUGAGACGAUGUCCUGGAGGGAAGAACAUAUGAGUCUACCCCCAUGUUUUAUCCAGCGCCUGGACCACCUCGUGUUGACUGUUAAGAGCAUUGAGGACACUGUUGCCUUCUAUUCCAAAGUCCUGGGCAUGGAAGUGGUGACUUUCAAGGGAAAUCGCAAAGCUUUACGUUUUGGCAACCAGAAAUUUAACCUGCAUGAGGUUGGGAAGGAAUUUGAACCCAAGGCUCGCUACCCGGUCCCCGGCUCUGCAGAUAUCUGCCUUAUCACACAGGCACCCCUGAAGCAGCUUCUGAGUCAUCUGAAGGCCUGUGGGGUGAUCAUUGAAGAAGGUCCUGUGGCCAGGACUGGUGCCGUGGGUCCAAUAACAUCCAUCUACUUCCGAGACCCCGAUGAGAACCUGAUUGAGGUUUCUAGGUACAGCGCAGACAUGAGUGCAGUCAGCGGAGGGGAGCCCUAACCACAACCGAUACUCUCUGCCUGAGUCCCAGCAGGAGGUAUGAUGCAGAGGCCAGGGUUUUGAUGGUCAGUAUGUAGAUUCAAGCUUUCAUUUUGUAAACCUGUGACAAGUCUCAACUCCCAGCUGUAAAGCUGCAUGAGCCUUGAGAGCUUUCCACAAGCAGGAUCAGCUCCAGCUUGCUCUGCACUCACCCCUGGAUGUGAAUCCUACUUUUAUAAAUCACUGUCAAUGGAGACUUCAUGACCUUCUUGGAAGAUCCAUCCUGCUGAAACCUACCUCCUCUCUGGGAACUGCGCCUCAGUGUCUGACACCCAAAGCGCUCAUGAAGCUGUGGCUCUGUGCCUCAUACUCAGCUCUGCAUAAAUACUUGAAUAUUUAUAGGGUUUCUGUCACUGGGAAUGGGAGAAAGCAGCAAUGAGGAGCAGCAAGGAGGUGGCUGUAAGGAGGGGAGGGUUUCUAAAGCCAGGGAGCUCACCUAGAUUUCUGCAGGGGUGAAGGGGAAAUGAGGUGCUAAGACAGUGGCAUCAGGCACAAAACUUCUACGUUGGCUCUCCUUGCAGCUCAGCAUGGUUGUCUUGGACUGUCAUCUGAGUUUCCUUCUUUCUUUAAUACUUCACUUAUUUAAAAAGCAUGAAGGAACAAAGAGGGGUUACUUGGGGUUUUUCCAGGAGAGCAGUUCCCCAGCUGGCCACACUGCGGUAGCAAUGUUAUCAUCAAGGAAACAGUGCUGGAAGGCAGAGAGAACUCUUCUGACCUCUACAGUCAAAAUCACCUCUAAAAUUGAAAUAAUCAGUGAAUUGAUUUUUUUUUUAAUAUUGUUUCGUGGAAAAUUCAUCUUCUCCAUGGUGGGAAAAAAAGCAAAUCCCUAAUAAAUGCAGUGCUUCCAAUU